UCGCUUCAAAUAAAAACUCAUUCCUCUCUCUCUCUAUCUCAGUCUCUCCACACCCAUUGAGAGAGUGUCGAUUAUACCAAUCACAUCAUCAUACAUCUUCUUCUCUCAACACCAACCCAUGGCUUCUACCACUUCUUCUUUGACCCUUUCACAGACCCUCCUGGCUCGUGCCAUUUCUCACCAUGGUUCAACUCAAUCCUCUGACCAACCCCGUCUUUCUCUUUCUUCAUCACUCUCACUCCCUACUUUCUCCGGUCUCAAAUCCACCUCUUCGUGCAACCCACGCGCCACCACCUCCCGUCGCCGCCUUCCCGCGCGUCAUCAACACAAUCUAGUUCGUGCUGCAGCUGUUGAAACCGUUGGCGCCACCACUGAAACCUCGUUAGUUGAGAAAUCAAUUAACACAAUUAGAUUCUUGGCUAUUGAUGCUGUUGAGAAGGCAAAUUCGGGCCACCCUGGCUUGCCUAUGGGCUGUGCUCCGAUGGGUCAUAUCUUAUACGAUGAGAUCAUGAAAUAUAACCCCAAAAACCCCUACUGGUUCAACCGUGAUCGCUUCGUGUUGUCUGCUGGACACGGCUGCAUGUUGCAAUAUGCUCUGCUUCACCUCGCUGGUUACGAUAGUGUCAAGGAAGAGGACUUGAAGAACUUCAGACAGUGGGGAAGCAGAACACCUGGACACCCAGAGAAUUUUGAGACACCCGGUGUUGAAGUCACAACUGGUCCUCUUGGUCAGGGUAUCGCCAAUGCCGUUGGAUUGGCCCUUGCUGAGAAGCACUUGGCCGCACGAUACAACAAGCCAGACAAUGAGAUUGUUGACCACUAUACAUAUGCGAUUUUGGGUGAUGGAUGUCAAAUGGAGGGAAUUGCAAACGAGGCAUGUUCCCUUGCUGGGCACUGGGGACUUGGAAAGCUCAUUGCUUUCUAUGAUGACAACCACAUCUCCAUUGAUGGUGACACUGAGAUUGCAUUUACAGAAAGUGUUGACAAGCGUUUUGAGGGUCUUGGAUGGCAUGUUAUCUGGGUCAAGAAUGGAAACACUGGCUAUGAUGAUAUUCGUGCUGCCAUUAAGGAAGCUAAGGCUGUUAAAGACAAGCCCACUUUGAUCAAGGUAACUACAACAAUUGGCUUCGGGUCUCCAAACAAAGCAAACUCCUACAGUGUGCAUGGGAGUGCUUUGGGUGCCAAGGAAGUUGAUGCUACUAGAAAGAAUCUUGGAUGGCCAUUUGAGCCUUUCCAUGUCCCUGAGGAUGUUAAAAAGCACUGGAGUCGCCAUGCCUCUGAGGGUGCUGCUUAUGAGGCUGAAUGGAAUGCCAAGUUUGCCGAGUAUGAGAAAAAAUACAAGGAGGAAGCUGCUGAAUUUAAGUCUAUCAUCAGCGGUGAAUUGCCUGCUGGUUGGGAGAAAGCACUUCCGACAUACACUCCAGAGAGCCCAGCUGAUGCCACUAGGAAUUUAUCUCAGCAAUGUCUUAAUGCCCUUGCAAAGGUUCUCCCAGGUCUUCUUGGUGGCAGUGCAGAUCUUGCUUCUUCCAACAUGACCUUGUUGAAAAUGUUUGGAGACUUCCAAAAGGACACCCCAGAGGAACGCAAUGUUAGAUUUGGUGUUAGGGAGCAUGGGAUGGGAGCCAUAUGCAAUGGCAUUGCCCUUCACAGCCCUGGCCUAAUUCCUUACUGUGCUACUUUCUUUGUCUUCACUGACUACAUGAGAGCUGCUAUUAGGAUUUCUGCUUUGUCUGAAGCUGGAGUUAUCUAUGUUAUGACCCACGAUUCCAUUGGUCUUGGAGAAGAUGGACCUACCCAUCAACCAGUUGAGCACAUUGCAAGUUUCCGUGCAAUGCCCAACAUUUUGAUGCUCCGCCCAGCUGAUGGAAAUGAAACUGCCGGUGCAUACAAGGUUGCUGUUGACAACAGGAAGAGACCCUCCAUCCUCGCCCUCUCUCGUCAAAAGCUUCCCAACCUUCCUGGAACUUCCAUUGAAGGAGUCCAAAAGGGUGGCUACAUUAUUUCAGACAAUUCAUCUGGUAACAAACCAGAUGUUAUUUUGAUUGGAACCGGUUCAGAAUUAGAAAUUGCUGCUAAGGCUGGUGAGGAACUUAGAAAGGAAGGGAAGACUGUAAGAGUUGUAUCUUUUGUUUCUUGGGAGCUUUUUGAUGAGCAGUCAACUGAAUACAAGGAAAGUGUGCUUCCAGCAGCUGUAACAGCUAGAGUCAGCAUUGAAGCUGGAUCAACAUUUGGGUGGGAGAAGAUCAUUGGAAGCAAAGGAAAAGCCAUCGGUAUUGACCGGUUUGGGGCUAGUGCACCUGCAGGCAAAAUAUACAAAGAGUUCGGUAUCACUGCAGAGGCUGUUGUUGCCGCAGCUAAAGAACUCAGCUAGGUUGGAUUAGUAGUUGUCCACUUGUCCUCUAAAACUUGUUACUAUUGCAUAUGGGUUUUGGUGGGAGAUUUCCAUGAAGAGAGGCCAUUCAGAAGAGAUUUGUUUCACGACAUGGCCUCAUUUAUUUUAAUAAAAGCAAGAUUAAAAAAUAUCUUCCGUUUUUUAUGAUUUCACAGCAGAGCGACAUAGGUUGAAGAGAUUGAGAGUAGGGCCUUAAUAAUGUUUAAUGAAUUUGUGUAACUCUUGGACCUGUCUUAAGUUUUGUAAUGUUUCUUGAUUUGAAUGCAGUUCGCCAUUCGCCGCCA